ACCCCUUUCUAUACAAUAACCACCACAAGUACCAACACCAUUCAGCAUGUCUCUCAAACCCAUCACCCUCUGGGGCCACACCCAAGGCCCCAACCCCUGGAAAGUGGCCAUGGUACUCGAAGAACUCGAACUCCCCUACAAAACGAGAUACGUAGCUUCUGGAGACGUCAAAAAAGAACCUUUUACCCUCGUCAACCCCAACGGCCGCGUCCCCGCUAUUGAGGAUCCUAACACGGGAAUCACACUAUGGGAGUCCGGCGCCAUCAUUGAAUAUCUGACCGAAACAUACGACAAAGACAACAAAAUCAGUUUCCCGGCUGGUACCCCCGAGUUCUUCGAAACGAAACAAUGGCUACACUUCCAGAUGAGUGGGCAGGGCCCGUACUUCGGUCAGGCUGUUUGGUUCCGACGACACCACCCUGAAGUGGUUCCUAGUGCUCAGGAGAGAUACAAGAAAGAGGUUCUUCGGGUGUCAUGGGUGCUGGACAACGUCCUAAAAGACAGGGAAUAUCUGGUCGGUGGACGGUAUAGCUACGCGGACAUCUCGUUCGUGCAGUGGUACAAUUACUUUGGAGCCGCUACGGAUAAUGAUGUUGAUCUGGAGAAGGAAUACCCGAACCUUUACGCCUGGCUGGAAAAAAUCAAGGCAAGACCGGCCAUCUCUAAGACGGCCAGUCUACAGAAGGAAGCAAUCGCGAAUGAAACGCACUGA